GUGAAGGGAUAGAGUCUCUUCGGCGGGAUCGGUGGUUGGAGGCGCCUGUGUGCCAGCAAGAAGCUGUGAAAGAAACCCCAGGCAGGCUUCGCGAGCAGGAGGGACUGAGCAGCGAGCGGAGGAGCAGAAAACGGCUUGCUCCAAGGACCUGCGGCGACGUGCAUCUCCACUGGGUUCACAAUGAAAGCCUUCCAAAUCAGCAUGCCCCUGGCUUUUCUUGUGCUCCCAUUCAUUGUGCUUGGGGCUCCCAGUGAGGAGCUUGGCCAGCAAGAAGUCCCUACCAGCUUGAGUGGUUGCAAGAGAUGUUGUGAUUCUCUAGAUGUCCCUGGGACCUCUGAAGUUGGAGACAGACCUCAAGCUUUGCCAUUCGUAAUGCCAGAAGUUCGUCCAUAUAUCAACAUCACAAUUCUGAAAGGAGAAAAAGGAGAUCAAGGAGAGUCUGGAGUUCCUGGGAAAUGGGGCAAAGAGGGACCCCCUGGUGAUCGGGGACCCCAGGGUCCAAAGGGCAGCAAGGGACAAAUGGGGGCACCUGGAGAUCCCUGCAAGCACCAGUAUGCAGCUUUCUCAGUGGGCAGGAAGAAGGCUCUUCACAGUAAUGAAGGCUACCAGGCUUUGAUCUUUGACACUGUCUUUGUGAACCUCUAUAGCCACUUUGACAUGUUUAAGGGUAAGUUCUACUGCUACGUGGCAGGCCUGUAUUUUUUCAGUCUCAAUGUCCACACCUGGAAUUUCAAGGAGACCUACAUGCACGUCAUGCGGAAUGACCAAGAGGAAGUCAUUCUCUAUGCUCAGCCCAGUGACCGCAGCAUCAUGCAAAGCCAGAGUUUGAUGCUGGAGCUGCGGGAGAACGACGAGGUUUGGGUGCGCCUCUACAAGCGACAGCGUGACAAUGCCAUCUACAGUGACGAUGUGGAUGUCUACAUCACUUUCAGUGGUUAUUUGAUCAAGCCCAGUCUUGAAUAGUUGUUUCCAUCCAAAGCACAAAUUCAACCUCUAAACAUCCUCUUGAUUUCCUGUGAACGUCUGCAAAUAGUACAGAAUAUGACCAACAGAUCUGAAAACAGAGAGAGAGCACUGAAGAAAACUUUUUUUUUCUUUUGAAAAUGCCAACUGAAAAAAUAUAUAUUCAUGGGUCAAAAAACAUUCCAGAAAAGUCUUGCUGGUUUAUGUGUCCUUCUCAACACUAGAUCUGAUUGUAAGGUAUGGACUGGAAAUCCUAAGCAGCCUCAUAAAAAUUCUGUUAACUCAGAAUCAUUUCGUAAACAUCUUUGUUUGGACAUAACACUUCCUAAGCAGAAUGUUCUAAUUAGAUUGUUUACAUGAAGUAAACUCUUUGAGGUAUCUCAAGUGAGAUAAGCUACCAUAUCUUAUCUACAAAUCUACAAACCAAAUGUAGAUCAACCAAAAUAUGUUAUUUUGGCAUUUCAAGUGCCUGACAGCCCUCUUCUUUUUGCUAAGAAUUCCUGGUGGGAAGCCUUGUAUGACUGAUAGUUGCCAUCACCUUCACAAAAUUUACAUUUGUAAAUGUUCUAUAGGGUUAGUAAAUGUAAUUCUGCAUCUGUGUAAUGGACAUGUGCAUUUGUGCAUCGGUGUAAUGGACAUGUAAUACACUGUAUAACACUGCAGGGAUCUUUUCCAUCACUAUGUUAAACAUAUGCAGGAUUAGGAUUUAACCCAGGGUGGCAAAAGAGUAGAAAUAAUGCUUCCAACCUAUCCCCCAAAUCAGAAGAUUCCUAAAGAGGUUCCAUGCUGGUGCCUAAAUUUAUAUUGUAAUUGAUUGAAGCGCAACAAAUCUAUAAAUGUAUGACAACAGGAUCCAUUUUUCUUCAGCUAACCUAGAUUGAUAUUACAGAUUUUCCCAUAGGCAGGUCACACAAAGGCCAUGAUGUGGGCAAAAUAAUCAGUGGGGUUUCAUUUAGUAUUGUUGUGAUCUGACCUAUGGUCCGUGAUAGAAUUAGUGAUUCUAAUCAUUGGUGGUCAAAGAGGUGAAUUCUUUGAAGGAUGUCUACAUAGCACCUGGCAGUAACUUCUGAAAGCUAAGAGAUCUGUUUCAGAGAUCAUGCUGCAACUGUGCAAUACUAGGAAAAGAUAUAGCUGUUUUAAGAUAUUUCCAACAUGUGUUAUAUGAUGCUCCAAGGAAUCUUUACCCUUCAAACCUAAGACGCUAUGCAGCCACUACUGGUUAGCUGGGUAAACAAUUAAUUGUAAGGGCAAAGGAUCCCAAGGAAUUAUAAGCAAAAGAAAGAUACAAGUUGCUUGCAUAUCAGCUUCUCUCACUGAGGGCAGCAAGUGCCAUUUCUACAUAUGAAGAAUUCUCUUGUUAAAGCUACAAAAGAAAUAGGCUACUUCAAGGAUGGAAAAAAACAUGAAGGAAAGAAAGUUUCUUGAAGGAACUUUUACAUUUUGAUUCCACAUGUGAGCCUUGCCAUAAAAUAUGGCAAAGUGCACACUCAUUCAAGAUGCAGCAUACCUCUUCCAGGAAAGAUCAUUUUAUUUUCCCUCUUUCUUAGUUUUCCAUUCCCCUGCUCUCCCAAGAGUCACUGUCAAAUAAGUACAAAAUAUACUGUUUGGAGAAUGGAACAUUUGGAAGAACCAUCCAUGCAGUAAUUCAGAGGGUGGCCUGAAACUUAGCCUUCCAACUAGAAGUGUCCAUCCAGAUUUUUUUCUCUCCAUCACAGCAGGAUAAAUCACAGUUUUUCAAGAGGAUAUAAAGGCACAUUUCUUUUCCUAACAAUCCCAAUUUCCACUCUGCAAUUAAGUAUAAGUUAGAUGAACACCCCCCACCCCUCUUUUAUUUCCCAAAGCACUGCUUAUCUGUUAAAUGGGAAUUAUAAUGCUGACCUACUUUGGAGAGUUGUGGUCAGGAUAUUAUCAAUCAUCUUCUAUCAAUGUGGUACCUUGCAGAUAAGGCAGGAUUACAACCUCCAAUGUAUCUGUUGCAGUCCAACAUACCUGGAGAUGCCAGUUUGGGGAAUAUUGCUUUAAGUAAAGCACUGAGCAUUUCCUAAAUGUGACUUAGAUGCUAAAGAAUUUCUAUUACAAUGCACUGUAUGUUAACAAUAUUUUUUUGUGUAUAGAUGGGGAACAUACACAGACCCUGUUAUAUACAUUUGCUGCCUAUUCCACUCACAGGUAACCAAGUAAUUGCAAACCAAGAGGCUUCUCAGUUUAUUUUUUAAAGGAAAUGGACAGGACAUGCAUUUUUAUUUUGACCCAGUGGGUAACCUUGUAAGGCAGGCUAUGGGAAGUAUCAAGAAGCCUGUUUUUGUAAUACAGGGAAAGCUGUAGCUGAUUGCAUAACAAUCUGAAUUCCUUCUCUCUGCAAAGUAGUACUUUAAAAACCAGCUGUUGGCUAUAUGCAACACAUGGCGUCCCUGUGUCUCCAGAGGGAACAACCAGAAUUUCUAGAACUGAAUUGCUUCCAGAUGUGAGAACUGAACUCUUUGAGCCUUUGCCUCCAUUCCUGUCUCAGCAGAAGUGCUUCUAUUGGGAAGCAGUGUCUAAUGUUACAAGGACAAAGUUUGUGUAUAGUUGAUAUGAGGCUAUAGGCCUACUUUUUGGUGCUAUAUAAAACCUUUAUAAUUCUUGGUGCUAAAGAGGCCUUUUUGAUGCAAAAUUUGAAAAAUAUUUUUAAUUUGCUGGGAGAUACAUUGGGGAUAACAUAAACAAGAAGGCCUAUGGAAUUUAUGGUGCUUUGUGGAAAUAAACAAUGGUUUGUGUGUAUAUAUGUAUGUAUCUUUUAAAAAUUAAAACUUCUU